AUGGCCGCCCCAGCAGCAACGGCUGCUCCUUCGGUUCCGCCAUCACUCUCGCUCCCACCAUCACAAUUCGCCCGCCUCCAGCCUCACGCCUACCUACUUGCCCACCUUUCUCCUCCGUCGGCGAGCAACCAACCUUCCAUUCGCGCCAAUGGCCGCGCUCCCUCGCAAUUCCGAGUCACAUCAGCCAAUGCGGGUUCUCUGACCCAUACGAAUGGUAGCGCUGUGGUGCGCAUCGGCGAUACCGCAGCUGUAUGCGGUGUCCGUGCAGAGCUCUUACACACCGAAGACAUCGCUUCAUGGAGCGUCUCGCAGGCCUCAGGUUCUAAUAAACGCCGGCGUCUCGCAGACCUUGGCGAGAAGCCAACCGAGGAAGAAGAAGAUGAAGAUCCAGAGGAUGAGCGCGCCCAUAUCGAAGACCUCAACCUACUCGUUCCAAAUCUCUCCUUGAGCACCGGCUGUGCGCCGGGUUUCAUUCCGGGUGCGGCGCCUUCUGCGCUCGCCCAGUCACUCUCCCACCAAAUUCUCUCUCUUCUACACAGCACACGCCUAGUGCGCGCGGACGACCUACGUGUCUGGUAUCAACCGCCCAAUCUUGGACCGGAGGAACCAGAGCGACACAACCAAGAUGAACAGAUGGAUGUGGAUGCCGGGCAGAGCGCCAGUACCGAGGAAAAACCCCGGGAAAUCAAGGCCUUUUGGGUUCUCUACAUUGAUAUCAUGAUAAUCUCCCUUGCUGGUAACCCCUUCGACGCCGCUUGGGCCGCUGUGCUUGCCGCUCUUCGCGAUACCAAGCUUCCCAAAGCUUGGUGGGACGUCGACAACGAGACUAUCGUUUGCUCAGACAGUGUCUCUGAUGCUCAUAAGCUUUCGCUUCGCGGUUUGCCCGUGGCAAGCUCGUUCGGUGUCUUUGAGGCGGAUGCUGCGGCAGGAUGGCGUGCGAACGUUAUUCCUGAUGCUGCAGAGCAAGCCAAUACAGGCAAGAAAGCCUCCCCGGAGAGGUGGAUCCUUGCAGACCCAGAUGGGUAUGAAGAGGGUUUAAUUCAAGAGCGAGCUUGCAUCGUUGUUGACGAGGAGAAAGAUGGGAAGACCACCAUCGUGAAGAUGGAGAAGAAUGGAGGCUGGACUGUGGAUACAGAGGAUCUGCGACAGUUGGUGGACAUCUCAGCCCAGAGAUGGAAUGAAAUGAAACGGAUACUAGACCAAUGUUAA